CCGCGUGUUGAAAUCAUCUUCCCUUCCAGAAAGCCAACGCCUUCAUCUGAUCAUCUCCUUGGCCACCAAGAAAUGCCUUCGUCGAACACCUCGCCACGCCACGCCGCGCGCGCGCCCAUGGCCCUCUCCUGCGCCGCCGAGUGCGCGCUCUCCCUCGCCUGCGCGCGCUGGGCGCUCCGCCGCCUCUCCCUGUCCGGCGCCGACGACAGCGCGUCCUGGCCCGCGGCCUCGCCCUCCUCCUUCGCGCCCGUCCCGCGCGCGUGCCGCUCCGCGCUCGCGGCCUGGCAGCAGGGGCACGACGAGGCGGAGCAGGCGCCGACGCCGGCGCCGUCGCGGCUGUGCCCGCCGUACCGCCUCUCCCACGACCGCGCGCGCGGGGAGGUCGUGCUCGCCGUGCGCGGGCUGGGACUCGCGCGGCUCGAGGACUACCGCGUGCUCCUCGACGCCGGCGGGCCCGAGCCGUUCGCGGGCGGGCACGCGCACCGCGGGCUCCUCCGCGCCGCCGUGUGGCUGCUCGACCGGGAGGGCCCCGCGAUCCGGCGGAUGGUGGCGGAGGCCGGGCCGGCGGGGUGCAGGCUCGUGUUCGUCGGCCACUCGCUCGGCGCCGGGGUCGCCGCGCUCGCGGCCGUCGUGGCGGUGAGGUGCUGGCUGGAGCGGCUCGGCCUCCGCCGCGGCGACGUGAGGUGCUACGCGAUGGCGCCGCCGCGGUGCAUGUCGCUCGGUCUCGCCGUCGAGUACGCCGACGUCGUCCACUCCGUCGUGCUACAGGACGAUUUCUUGCCAAGAACUCCAGCGCCUCUGCAACACAUCUUCGGAUCAAUUUUCUGUUUGCCGUGCCUGCUGUGUUUCAUUUGCAUGAGAGACACGUUUGUGUCAGAAGAGAAGCUUAAGGAUGCAUCUAAACUCUACGCUCCAGGAAGAGUCUUUCAUAUCGUGGAGAGGGAGAACUGCAGAUGUGGGAGACUUCCGCCGCAGGUCAGAACGGCAGUGCCAGCAGAGGGCAGAUUUGAGCAUGUGGUGUUGUCAUGCAACGCCACUUCUGACCACGGGAUUAUUUGGAUCGAAAAGGAGGCUCAAAAGGCUUUGGAUUUAAUGGAGCAAGAAGAAUUGACACUACCCCCAUCCCAGCAAAAGAUGCUCAGAGUGAAAGAAACGGAAUCACUCGCAGACCACCAAAAGCUCAGUGCAGGGAAUCCACAAGAAGACGACACCCUCUCCUCCUCGUCACCGUUCAGUAGCCCUAGAACUUCGACGACAUCAUCAUUGCGCAGCGAAUCGUCGUCGACGAGGAGCGAGUGGGAUGAGCUCGUGGAGAUAUUUCUGAGUGACCAUGAAGAAGACGGUGAUGGUAGGACAAACAUGUGUAACCGGGCAGGUUGUUUGCCUUGCUGUAAAUAAAAGAUUGUUGCAUAGAAAUUUUAGAGUGUAAAUGAACUAUAUUGAAAUUAGAGUGUAAAUGAACUAGAAGAUGGUUAAAUUUUAUUCCAAUUCGACCUCA